AUGAAGCCGAAACAUGUAGUGUCUUUUUUAUUAUUGUUACUCAUUGCUUUAAUAGUCGAAGAAUCGAAAUCUGAUGUAUCACAUUUUUUUGCGCCUGAAUUAAGUUUUUUCCAUGGGCAUCCAGGACAUACGUUUCCAUUUCAAAUAGCAUUUCAGCCGACAGUGCAACAAGAUCAAGGAUUAUAUGCAGCGCCACCACCUGUACAAGCAGGUUAUCCAGUGUCCACACAUUCACCAGUAGCACCCACAACAACAACAACCACAGAAUUUACACUACCAGAAAUAGUAGAAAAUCGUAACGCUAAAGAACACAAUUUUAUACCAAUUAGAAAUCAAUAUCUACCACCCGAACUUGAACGUCCAAACUAUGAGAGUCCAAAACCACCACCUACCAAUCAACAGGGUUAUCAAUAUGCAAGGCCGACAACUACUACUACAACGACUGAGCGUCCAAGUCCAAUAAUUGUAUUAGACCCGCCGGAGUUAAUACCACCGCUCAAUAUGGAGGAGAUUAUAGUGCAACCACCUAUACAAGUAGGACCUGGUUACGAUUACAAUGCUCCUACACCAGUAAACAUCGCUCUACCACCUUCAACUCCAGCUCCUGCUUAUCUACCACCACGGGAUGUAAUUACUUUUGAGACACCUGUGGGUGUAGAAAACAGUCAGAUACCUUUACGUGUUCAAGUUAAAGAAAUGCGUUGUCUGCAACAACAACAACAGCAACAGCAACGACAACAUGACACUGUUGGUUUCUUCCGGACUGUGUUGAAAGUUGAGAGUUUUAUUGCUGCCACACCAACAGUAGACAGCGAUUCUAAUGAUAAACGCUGCGAGUUGAAACUAUCGCGUAGUUAUGUUUUGGUUGAUAUAGCUGAAGAGGAUUUUGAAAAGUGUGGUGUACGCAAAUGUGGUAAGGACCUGUGCUUGAGAUUGCGUUUUCCAGCUAUACGGGGUAUGCGCACAAGUGCAGAUGCAAUCAUGACAUUACAUUGUAAGACACAGGAUCGUAUAGCUGUUAAAACGCAUGCCCUCAAAAUAGGUGUUGCUAAUGAUGCUCAAGCGCGGAAUACAGGUACUUACGCACACGGUGGCAGUCAGAACACUUUCCGGACUCAUAUUGAGCUGCUGCGCAAGUCUAAUAAUGGAUUUACACAGCAUUUACCAGCGAAUGGAGCAGUACAACUUGGUGAAGAUUUGUUAUUGCGUGCGCAUGUGCUGACAGGAGAUGGUUGGAAUUACACUAAACUGAGUGAUGUUAGCUUACAGCGGAUUGCUCCUUCUGGUGAAUUACUAAAUUUAGCCAAUCUUAUAACUACAAAUGGUUGUGUCAAUCCUUCUAUGCAGAGUAUUUGUACACAGCCACCUGUAUAUGAUCCACCCUUGGGACAUAAAUUAGCUUUUAAAGCAGUCAUGUUUCAAGGUAUGCGCAGUGGUGACGAAGUGGUUAUGACCAUGCGUAUACAUGGUUGUUUGGAACAACAUGAUUGCUACAUAAGUACUCAAGAGUGCAGCGUUAACAAUUUAGGUAGACGAAAACGCAAUACGGAUGACUUGGAGCGUAAGGCAACUAUGGAUAAUGAUACUGAAAUUUCAGAAAUAUCAACUAUAGCCUUUCGAGUGCUAAUGCCAAAUAUGAAUGCAACAACUGUUAUAGAUGACGAAAAAAAAGAAGACCAGGAGCAUAUGAAAAAUUUCCAAAUAAUUAACUUGAUUGGCAGUUUGGGAUUUGUAGCGUCACUGACAUGUUUAGGUAUAUAUGCAGCAUUAAGAUUAAGAAAAUAG